AUGUCACAGGAGCCAGAGUCGUCAGCUCCUGUAACUGCUUUGCAGAAAAUUGUCACUCUGCAGCACAUCCAUUCCCUAUACCUUGCAGCUCAACAAUCCCAACCUCCUCGCAAAGACAUCUCAUUCAAUAUCUUACAGCUUCAAGCAAUGAUAAACAAUAAUCCACUGAUAAAUCCAUAUUUUGACAUUUUGAACAUUAAAGAGUCUUUGGAUGCAAUAAAACAAAAGAGACAAAAUCGAGAAGUAUUCCAGGACAUACUAACUCCUGGCCAAAUUGUACAAGUGAUAUCAGAGAGUCUUUCUCUGGACAAUGCCAGUGAACACGUUAUAUCUCAGAUUCCAAAAAGUACAAUAUUUCGUCUUUCGAACAAGAUCGAUAUUGCUUUGGUGAAAGACAGGUUGAUAAAGAUACUGAACAGCUACAAAAAUACCACGCUGGGUGAAAUUACUAGCUUAGAGUUGAAAUAUAAGAACCAAAAAAAGGAGAUAGAGCAAAUUGAAAACGGUAGCAUCGAAGACUCAAAGCUCAUUGAUGAAUUUUCCCAAAAGUCCGGAAUGGAACAAUCGAAAAAUGUUCCUAAAAAGGCCGAAGAUGUGCAGGAAGCCAGUCAACAGGAACUAGUCAAUAUGGUGAAGGAAAAGCUCGAGUCAGACGAAGGGAAAGAAAUUACCAAAGUUCUUCAAGAUCUUUCGGAUAAUCAGAAAAAGGACGGCCAGAUUGUUUUGGACGAAGAACAGCUGGAGAAGACUUUAGAGAUGGCCAAAGGUGAUGCGCAAGAAAAUGAAGGACAUGCGGAUGGUGAGGACGCAGACAAAAAGAUCGAUCAGGAUGCCGAGCAGAAGGCACAAUCAUCGGCUCGAUCGGAGCCAGUCACUCCUUUGGAAGAAGGAGAAAGAAAGGCAUCAGAGACUCCUUCUGAAGCUCGGGAGGGCCCAGCGCUAAACUCCAGGCUGGAUACAGAAUCGGAACCUGAAACGAAACUGGAGUCCAAGUCGGUUUCAAAAGAGCUACCAUCGCCAGCUCCAGAACCUGCUACGCCUUCAUCACCAGCAAGUGGGGAUGAAGAACGUGGAAGCAAGCGACGCGGAUCAGAAAGCAUGCCCCCUGGCUGUACUAAGCGUUUCAAUGCUCUUUCUGCACAAUUGCUUACACAGAUAUCAUCUAACCGGUUCGCUUCAAUGUUCAUGCAACCAGUAAAUGAAAACGAAGAGCCCAAGUACUACAAGCUAAUACGACAUCCUGUGGACAUCAAAAGUCUGGGUAAAGCUAUUCGGACGGGUGAAAUAAAAUCAUUCAACGAGUUGGAAUUCGAGCUUCAACUGAUGUUCAGCAACGCAAUUAUGUACAACGAUAUGCAUCAGACAGAAACUUAUAAAUGGACGAUUGAAAUGAUGGAAGAAGCGCAAAACUUGUUGAGCCUGUUCCGGGAAUCAUCCAGCAAUUAA